AUGCGAUUAGAAUCAUAUGCAUACAAACUCUUGAAGCUAGGGCAUGUCCGCCAGAAUGAUGCUCUUAAGAAAUGCAUGGCCAAGCUUGUCCCGAUUGAUGAUUCUGCUGCACCUUUAUCGGACACGGACGCGGUAGUCGCUGCUUUAUUACUCUUGACAAGCAUUGCUGAUAUCAGUAAUCUUGAACAGCCAGCAAAUGCUUCUAAAACAUCUUUUUUUCAGCAUCCGUUCAAUUCAUUCGAUUUGUCAAAUGCCAAAUCGGGUUCAAGUUUAUUUGAUAUGGAUCAGAAUGUACUUGAAUCACCAUCCGAUACAAUAGAUAUGGAUGGAUAUUUACAAACAGGUGCUAGCUUUGACAUUAGUUUGGAAUCUAACAGCUUUUUAGGAGCAUCCCAUAAUUUUCCCAGUCCAUUUUUUUCAAACCUGUUGUAUCGCUCGCCAAUCAAAUCUGAUUUUGGAGUUUUGCGAUGCUCAAGCCGUAACGGGAGCUAUCUUCAACCCAAUAAGUUGUGUAUACAGCGAAAAACUGACUUACAGGCCGCGUCUGCUGCAGAACCUCAUAUGCUGUCCGAUUUUUCUAAAGAAAUUUCUGAUUUUUUGGAUACUGAGCAUUUCUCGAUGGAAAAGUCGUUGACAAAUUGUGCAGAAUUCUCGUGGGAGGGAUCUACAAUAUCCAGAUCAUUUUCUGCAUCCAACUCUUUGUUUAUUACGGAUUUUCCAUCAAGCCUGUUUUCAGCACAGUUUUCAGCACACUUUCCCAUUUCACUAGAUUAUGAGAUAUCACCAGUAUCGGUUUCUCAAAAAUUUGCUGUAGAUUGUAUGCUUAAAGCUACAAUUGGCAUUCCGUCUUUGAUUUUUUCUGUGGAUCCAAAUGAGCGGUUGAUGAUAUUGAACAAGAGUACACAAUAUGAUUUACAUUUAACUACGUUAUCUUCCGAUGUGUUGAAAUGCUUGUUUUUGCAAACUGCCGAGUUUGGAUCUCAGUAUAUGCGUUUCUGUGGUAUAAUUACGGAUCUCGAAAGCAAUCCAAGUCUAUAUGGACUUACUGGGGCAGCGCUUUCAGUUGGAAUGUCUAAUAUUUUAAAAACCGUCAAUUCUAAAGUCGUUUAUUUACAAGAGUCUGCACAAAAUGGCACAUUGCAUAUUCUGCAAGCUAUUUCCAGCCUAACUAGCACGUACACUAAUCUUGAAUCCAUCAACUCAUUGUUUCAUAGCGAGAUCAAUCUACCACUUUCUAAACAAAUUAUUCCAAGUGGUUUGGAGAUUUUGUCACUCAUCUACGACUCUAUUGAAACCAUAGAUACGAUAUGCGAUUUUGGCCAAACAGUAUAUUUACGAGAUGGUUUCUACAACUCGCACAAUCUAUUGCGAGAUACACUAGUUAUGCUAUUUCAACAAGCAUAUAUACCAUUUUGUUUGUGGGCUGAUCAUUGGCUGGGAUUGUCUUGUGGAACGCCGCAAACUAUUUUUAAAAAUGCUAGUACACUUGAUUUUGAUCCAAACAGUAUGAUAGCUGAUUCUUUCGCCACUCAUGAUUUUUAUGACGAGUUUUUUAUUUCAGCAGACGAUGAGAAUAAGAAAACAGAUUUUCAGGCUUGUUUAAAUUUUAAAGUGUGUUCUGGAACAAGACGACCACCAUCUUUUAUUUCUGAUCAAACUGCAAAGACAUUUUUAGAAGCUGGAAUUUCCUUACGUAUAAUCAAAACAUGCAAAUUUCAAUAUCCAGCAAUUGGGUCAAUAUUGAAUAAUUCUGAAGAGGCGUUGCACAGUACUGCAGCAUUUUUUGAGCAUGAUAUCAACGUGAUACAGGACACUAUAUAUCAAUACGAGUCUAUGCAGAUUCAAGCUUGGAAUGAACAUGUUCGAAUUCGCAAUGAGGCGGAGCAACAGAAACUUGCAUUUAAACAUCGUUCUCAAAAGCAGCGGACACAAUCAAUGAAUGCGGACAUACAACGCAAGUCGUCAGUUCGUGAGGAAAAACUAGUUUUAGCCACCCUUAAAAAACAACAGUUCAAGCAAGACAUUGAUAGCUAUCUUGCAGAUCAAAAAGCUUUUCGGUUGAAUAUGUUGAAAAAGAAGCAAUAUGAAGAAGCAGAACGUUUGCGUAAACAAUUUAUUGAACGUGCCAAGAUUGACCAGUUAGAAGCCAAGGAAACCGAUGCCAUUUUGUCAGAGUUUAAAGCGCGUAUGAGAAUGCUUGAAAAAAAGGAAGCACGAUUAGUCUGGCGACAGCAGCGUCUUGAUUUAUCUAUUAAACGACGGGAAGCCAUUGAAGCAGUCUGGGAAGCAGAUGAUGCUGUUUUGCCAACUUCUAAAGCUGACGACCAUGCUGAUCUGCCUUUUACAGACAACACGCCAGAGAUCAAUUCUAGUAACGAUGUACCUUGUGUUUCCGUUGAUGCAAUAGACGUAUUGCCUAUACUCGAGGAUACACGGUUGGCUUUAAAUCAAGAGUCCGAAUCUAUUCAUGAAGCAACUCAGUACCCAAUGCAAGCGUCAGUCAGUGCUGAUUCAUCAAUAUUGCUUGAGGACGCUAUUUGUACUUUAUCUCCAGUGAAUGAUGCUGGCAUUGAAGAUCCCGCAUGUGCUCAUAGUAUCAACCCGACUGUUAUGACUGACACUCAUGAUACAGUUCACGCUGCUAAGCACAUUUCCCAGCCUCGCUCCAUAAGUAUACAUUCAUCACAUAGUAUAGCUCAUAUACACGAUGAGGAUUUUUUACAAGCACAUAAUCAACAUAUUCAAGCAGACGAUUUGGGUUCUUUGCAUAGCGAAGUUGUUUCGAAACGUGUCAGUCAAGCAAUUAGGCCAGUAAUGAGUUUCGAGUCGCUUGUAUUGGACGGCUUACAGUCUUGCUCCACUUUUUUUAAUCUGCCCAUUUCAUUUCAACCAUCACCAAUGAAACCAUCUAAACCCACUAUCGAGAGUGAGCAUCGAUUCAGUGCUGGUCCGCUUGCUGUGUGCAUGGAUCGAUCACUUUUUAGCAUAUGGCGGACACAGGAGCAAAUCAUUUCGCGUACAGCAAUGAUGACUUUCUUUUGCGAACAAGCACACAUGCAUCAAGACAUUCGAUUCCAUGUUAAAACAUUGAUGUCGCACUAUUUUCUGCAAGAUGGGCAGUUUCUUGUUUCUAUCAAAAAUGCAUUAUUUGGGAGCUCUAGCUUUAAUAUGGAUUAUAGAACCGGACUUUGCUUGAAUGGAUUGGGAAGAUGGCCCGUGGAUAAAAUGUCGUUUGAUCGAACGCUCGGUAAAAUACCUUUUUAUGCACUCUCGCAUUCUGGUUUACUCAAUGAUCAACUUGCAGACUCUGUUUUGAAAUUCGAAUAUCUGUCUAUGGAGUUUGAUGCAGAAAUUACUGGUAAAUUUGCUGAUGACUGA